AUGGACACCAGAGAUUAUUCGCCUGACGACACCGAACACGACACACGUAGACCACUCAAACGCGCCCGCCGCACUCCCCCACCCUCUGAACCAUACACUUCGACUUCAACCAAUUCCACUCACAUGAGCAACGGGAACAGAAACGGCUCUACUCACACACCACCUCUGCCGCUGUUGUCGCUCUCUAUCCUUGGAGUCGAGCCGCUGGAUGAAUUUAUUCUCGAGGUUGCAGAUUUUGUCCACGAGACAAUCCGGACCUGGGAAGGCGCAGGGAAGGUAGAGCUGGAGGCCAAAAUAGGAGUGCUACGAGACAAAACUACGGGUCAGAGGCUGCAGCUGCCAUCAAGGGUCGAGACAAUACUGCCGGCAAAGAGUGUCUUGGACUACCGUUUUGAGUCAAACAUGUCACCAAAACAACAUCAGUACUUUAACGGGCGUCUGAAUCAACUCAAGCUCAAUCCCCCAAUCCCCCAAUCUCCUAUAUCCUAUGCGCAUCUUCAUCUCAUUGACUCUUUCUACAACCCUGACGGCAGUCGUGAUCGUGUGCGGGUCACGCGGGACGAAAACACCGGCACGGUAGUGGCUUGCAUGCGCAAAGUGCGCCUAGGAGACUUGGAUAUAUACUGUCCGAAGCGGGUUGCGGACUGGCGCAUAAGUGUUAAUGUGGAAAUUCCAGUUCCCCAGCCAAUAGGAACCGCAACACAUACGCGCAAAAAAGACAGACUCAGCUAUAGCCAUGAAGAAUUCGUGAUCGACCUGACACAAGUCACGUCUUCUACUGGUACAUCGUCACAGCCUGAGGUCCUACAUGAGCUCGAGAUCGAGGUGGCUCGCUCAGACUACCUUGUCUACGUUGCCUCGAAGCGCAACGACCCGUCUGCGCCCGAGGAAGUGCGCGGGGCAUUCGACGAGCUUAUACGCGCGUUCGUGAACAACGCACGAAUCCUAGUGCGCAAUGCGGACCCUCGUCAGCCACUCUAA